GUGAAGGGGCAGAGGGUCUGAACUGGAACGCUCCGUCUCAGGCCUUCCCCCACAUCACCCAGCUGCUCAGACUGCCCCAAUACCAGUACCACACACUGCUGGGGUUGACCGUGUCUGUAGGAGGACUGACUGAGUCUACGGUGCGUUUCUCCUCCCAGUCUCUGUUUGACCACCUGAUGCUGAUUCAGCAGGAUGCAGCAGCGCUGGGACAGUUUAGUGAGGCACUGCUGCAUGUCUUCAGAGACAACCUGAGAAAUGACAGGGUGUCUAUCCCCUUCCUGAAGAUGCUGGACCAGAUGCUGGCUAGAGCCUGUUUUGACACCUUCACUACAGACCAGGAUCAUCAGUUCUGUGUGGACUUGUUGUCUCUCUGUAAAGAAGAGAUUAAGAAGUCCAAGGACACUCAGAAGCUCCGCUCUGCCAUCGCUGUGUUCUGUGGUCUGAUCCAGUUCCAGGGAGAGGUCCGUAAGAAGGUUCUGUUCCAGCUGCUGCUUCUCCUCUGUCACCCCUUCCCUGUGAUCAGGAAGACCACAGCCAGCCAGGUGUACGAGAUGCUGCUGACCUACGACGAUGUCAUCGACCCUGACGUGAUGGAUGAUGUCAUGACGUCGCUGAGUGACACCAACUGGGAGGAGGACGUCGCCACGGUGAGGGACCCACAGAAACCAGCUCUGUGAUGGCUAGGA